AUGUCUGGUAGUGGUUUAGAUUUAACUUACAUUCGUGACUCACCUCAAUUUGGCAGUCUCAUUUGGAUCGGCUAUGUCGGACAAUCAGAUGGUUUAGCAAUAACUAACGUUGUUUUUGGUCAAUAUAAUCCUGGUGGACGUUUACCAAUUACUAUGUAUUCAGUAUUCUAUGUCGACGAUGUAAAGGAUACAGUUGCUGUAGCUCUUCAUACCGAUACAGAUCUCAAUUGUAGUGAUUUCUAUUUAAAACAUAGAAAAGGGUCACUCGAUAACAAAACUAUUGUUGAGAAAGAUAUUGAUCGUGCCCUUGAACGUGCAUUCAAUGUUCUAACUCAACUCGGCUGGUUUGAUCCACCUGAACAACAAUUUUAUCGACAGUUGACAAAAGCCGAUGUCGAUACACCUGAAUCACGAAAAUUAUCAUUAGAAAGCGCUCAAGAUAGUAUUAUUCUAUUGAAGAAUGUUAAUAGAUCAUUGCCAUUACAUAUUGAUCAAUUAAAAAACAAAAAAAAUUGCAUUGAUUGA